CAGGGGGCGCUGUGCUGCUCCGGGGCUUCUCUCUUUCUCUUUCAUCAUAUUUCAAUAUGGCUGCUUUAGGGGAAAGCCGUCCUUAAAUGUGAUUUCGAAUUAAGAAGCCUGCUGCCUUUCAAUGCAGACGAAUGAGCGAUGAAUACCGUCCCGAAGACAUAGAGCGACGCCAUUGAAGAUGAGGACGGCGCAGUGAAGAAGGAUUUACAGGAAGGAGUGAUUCUGUCUUCCAGCGCAAUGGAGAGCGACUGCAGGAUCCCCAUGGUUUGCCUACGACCCAGAACCCUUGCCCUGAACCUGCUCUUCUGGGGAGUGAUAUCGCUCAGGGUGUUUGGAGCUGCUCUGUUGGGUGAAGAGAAGAGCUCAGUGGACAGGACGGCCAGCACGCCUUGCUGGAAGGUGGAGGAGUUCAUGGUGAUGGCCAAGUGUGCUCAGUGCAGCACCUACCAGUCGUCAGUGCUGGCCUGCAGCCCGACUGGUUACGUAGAGAGGAUUGUUUGUGCCAAAUCCAACAGAGAUGAAUUCAAGAGCUGUCGCUCGUCGCUGUUGGAGGAGCGGCUCUUCUGGAGGUUUGAGGGCACGGUGUUGGGCCUGAUGGUGGUCUUCGCGCUGCUGGUCGUCCUGCGGCAGCGCUCCCUGGACCGCCUGGCCUCCGAGAAGGUCCGUCGGCAGAUCGAGUCCAUCUAGGACCGACGGGUUCCUUGUGGCAAACCGGACCACCCGACGCUGUCAGAAUCGGCUACUGGUCUUUAGCUGCUGACGAGUACACCAGCACCAGGUUCUUAUUAAAACCGGACCGGUCUGGAAUUGAGAAAUCCAUCGCAGAGCAGGAAGGCAGCGUUUGGAGAAGGGGAGCCAAAACUGGACCUAAUUAAAGACUAAAUACAUGCAGCUGCCUCCCCACCCCAUAAUAUAUGCUCAACAGUAUCUAGAUCUUACCAGGAUUUCACCAAUUAAGACAAGCCUGGGCAUGUUCUACCUAAGCUACAGUAAAUGGACUGUUUAUUGCAACUGAUCAAAUUAAGUAAAGUAUCCCUAUGCUAACUUUCCUGGAUAUUUAAGGAUGUCAGAGCCGCAGGGUGUCCGAAGGAACCUGAACACAGAUCUGGACUGGCAUGCGGAGAACGCUGAUGACGUGGAUCCUGAGUGGCUAAGGCAGUGUUAAUCAUGGGUCUGUGCACCAAUCAGGAACAGGGGCGGAGCACCUGUCCUGGGUGCCUUAUUUGCAUGCGCUGUGUCCUAGAUCCAUGGGUCACUGGAGAGGCCAUGAUAACCAGGCUCUCAGGAAGCUGAUGGAAAUCAAGUUUUUGGCAAGUUUUUUUUCUGUCGGUGGAAUGAUCAUCUACUGACACAUCAUGGGAAUCUCUUCAUGACUUUUCUUGCUGUUGUAUUACUUGACAUCAUUUCCCACUAGGAUGUUUCUGAAGGCUGUGGUUUUGUUGGAGGAAAUGGGCCUUUAAAUCUUCCCAGUCGCAUGUAGGGCAGUGGGUAUGACUUACAAGAAUUUAGUCUGGUUCUGGAAAAAAAUGUAAUGCAAGAUAAGGGGGAUCCAUUCAGAAUCACUGCUGGUGUUUGAUGGCCUUGUGUUGCUUGAAAGUCCUGACGGUUUCCUGUUAAGUAUUGCAUUUUAAGUAUAAAACUGUUUCUCCUCUGUCACUUAAAGGGCUGCUUUAUAAUAUUGUUAUCCUUUUUUUCAACAUACGACAGUGUUUAAUACUCCACUCUUGCACUGCUGAAACUGUGUCUUAAACCCCUAUCUGACGUGGCAAAUUAGUAUUUAGAGCAACUCUGGCAAGUGUGUUACAGCUGUUAUAUAAACGUAUGUGUAUUUUUUUCUGUA